UUCAAAAUAUAAACAAACUGAUUUUCUAUUUUAGAAAGAAAAAUCGGUCGGAUUUAUUUAUUUAUUUAUUUUUUCUUUUCGGUAUGUCUGAUUAUGAAAUAAAUUGUGAUGGAUGUUUGGCCUUAAAGAAUGUUUUAAAUCAGAAAGAAGAAGAAAUAAAAAAAAUGAAACUUCAAAUUCAACAUUUAACAGAAAUUUUGGACAGUUACAAAAUUAAAUCUGAAUUUUGCAAUUUCUGCUGUAAUUCUGAGCGAAAUACAAAUGAUAAUACAUUUUCUUUAAAAAGUGAAAUUAUAAAUACAGAACCAGAAAAUAAAAAUCAUAACCAAAAAAGUGAUAUUCAGAAUAGUAAUGAUAAAUUAAAUUGUUCUACGUCAUUUUGUACAGAAAUUUCUACUUUAGACAAUUUAUCCACAGAAUCUUCUGCUACUUGUAAAGAUGAUGAUAUGAAGAAUAACUCUUCGGUUUCUAAAGAAUUACAUGAAAAUUUAAAUCACAAUGAUGAUUAUAUUUAUGAUGAGCAAUCAAAGAUGUAUUAUAGUGUGUCUACUGGAUUUUAUUAUGAUACAAAUACUGAACUCUUCUAUGUUCCACAAAAUGGCUGUUACUACAAGUAUGAUUACUCUAAGCAUAAAUAUGAACUGUAUAAAAAGACUGAACAGACUUGUGAUUCAAAUGCUCAUGAUUCAUGUGAUAGUGUUGCAGAUAAAGUUGAUAAUUUGAAUAUCAAUGAUUGUGAGAAUUUUCCUAAUAGUAAUUCCGAGCAACUUUCAGGGGAGAAGCAUUAUACAAUCAAUAUCAAUCUUACAAGUGAAGUUGUUCAGCCACAGUCUACAAAUACAGAUAACGAAGUUCCUGAUGAUUUAUCCAAAGACUGGCUUCCUCCUGAAGGUAGUAAUUCAACAGUUAAAGAUUUGGUGACUGAAGUUGCUGAACAAAAUAGUGGAAUGUCAGAUUAUAUAUACGAUGAGAAAUGUUCUAUGUAUUACUGCAGAUCCAAUGGAAACUAUUAUGAUCCAAUCAGAAAACUUUUAUAUGAUCCUCGGGCAAGAAUAUAUUAUCUAUAUAUUCAAGAAACACUCUCUUAUGAAUUCUAUUGCAAGGCUGAUGCUAUCUCAGAUGUGUCUAACCAAGAAAAAAGCACAGAUAGCAAAGAAUCUCCACAGAAACCAGUUAGUAAAGCCAAAGCUAGAAAAAAUUUUUGGAAAAAGAAGCAGAAAGAAUCAGCUGAAAAAGAGGAACUGUCCUUCAACGACAAAGAAGAUUCCUUACAAGAAGAUGGAGAUACUAUCAAUGAAGGUUUCAGUUCACCUGAAGCUGGGGAAAUCUUUUCAUCAGAUUCAGAAUCAGAGCUUAUGAAAGAUAACCCUGUUUCACUAGCUGAAGAAGAAUCUUCACCACACUGCCCACCAUGCAUUCGGGCUAUCGUUGAGCAUUCUUCAAAACUUAAAAUUGGGUCUUUGAUCCUUAUUACUUGUACUGGUGCUGUUAUUGGUCGAGAGAAUUCUAAUACAGUUUCAGUUCCUGACAUUGGUGUCAGCAAGGUGCAUGCGGAAAUAACAUUUGAUAAUGAAUCGUGGAAGUACAGCAUUGAAGAUUUAGGAAGCCAAAAUGGAACCUUUGUAAAUGAAGUCAGACUUUCUGAGCCUAAACAGAAAAGUAAGCCCCUGGUUUUAAGUCAUGGUGAUAAAAUAGCAUUUGGUUCUUGUAAACUUUUAAUACAUAUUCAUGAAGGCUAUGAAACUUGUGAUCAGUGUGAACCAGGUCAAGUAAUAGCUGAAUUAUCUUCAAAAGAAGUUAAAGCGACUCCAGUUUUUAAAACAAAAAAAGAGAAAGAGAAGGAAAGAAGACAAGAAAUGAAGAGAUUGAAGAAAAAAUAUGGCCUUGCAGGGAUGGAAUAUUGUGAUGAUAAAAACUGCAUUUCUUCUGGAUAUGAAGAUAAAGCUGAAAUUAGACGUAAAACAAUUGGCAGUGAGAAUCCUUAUGAAAAAACUGAAGUGGCAUCGGUGGAUAUAUUCAUGCCAGAACUCAACAAAGGCUACCAAAUGCUUAAAAAGUUAGGUUGGAAAGAAGGUGAUUCAUUGGGGCUGAAAAACUCUGGAAUUUUAGACCCGAUUUCCUUCCGACCUUGGGUAAGCAAAGCCGGACUAGGGAGCACAGAAGCAGAAGCUUCGAAAGAGCCUCUCCCCGAAGAUAGAAGGAAGAGAAAGUGGGUGAAGGCUCAGGAGCGCUAUUUUCAGCUCUCCUCCUGAUGUCUACUCGGAUCCAUAUGCCGCUGCAAGGAUUAGCAUGUCUCCUCGUUAUGUAUUAUAUAUUUAUUGUCUGAAAAAAGAUUUUGUUCAUAUUAAAUCUUUAUUUACAUUA